UUCUUAAAACUAAGCAUCAUUCUUUUGCCAUGUUCUAGAUUUGCAAUUGUUUGACCUGAUCAGUGAAGUACAAAUAUAUUAAUUGCUUGUGUUUUCUGUUUGCUUUUUAUUCACAGUAUACAAUAUUAUUAGAUGAAUAAUUCUUCCGUAGCAGUCGAUCAAUUUUGAUGCACGUCACCCUUUAUGGUGAAUAUGCUGCAGCUGGACUUACUAUUCUGUCCUGCAGAUGUCUCUGUGAUCCUUACAGUGUGCAUUAAAGCAGCACCAUAACAGCGCGCGCUUGAAACGAGAUCUUCAGUAUGAAGUGUCAUUCUGUCCCUACAGGCUUUUAAGUGUAGUCUGUACCUGACACACCUGAGCCCUCCCUUCGCUGCUCUCGCAGCACACUGCGCAUGCGCGGAUCUCUCUCACGCAGCUCCACUGUCAUGGCGGAGACCGAGCGGAGUAGGAGCUGAUUCAGGAAGAGAUGGCGCUGUAAAGUGGGUUACCGCUCAAACUUCACGUCAACACUUCUCACAGGGACCAAGAGGAUUGCCUUCUCUUUGCAGGGACACCCGAGGGCCGAUGCCGGAGAUCCGUUGCCUUAUAUUUUAUAGUUUUCUGCGUCUUGUUCUUAUCGGUCGUCUACCUGCGCGGAAUCUCUUCAGCACCGCUAUUUCCUGUUUGACAAACACUCGCAAAAACUUCAAUGACGUUACCGUUUAACGGCUUUUCUUUAUUAGGUCAGCGGAGAUUGACAAGCAUUUGGAUUCUUAUCUGGACUCGUGUCAGCGUGGUUUCGUCCUGCUUUUUUUCAAGUUUAGAUCUGUUCUCCCUCUCUACACAAGAAUAAUUCCUGUCUUUCAGGUGUAGUGACAUCAGCCAACAACUUCAGGCGAAAACGCAAGAAACUACAGGACAAACCGGCCGUUAAUGGGGACCGGGAUUUGUUUUCCCCCGCUGUUAGUUUAACGAGCCACAUUUUCCAUAUAGUAUCCCAUAGGUUUAACUAGGCGGCAGGGUCAAACAGGUGUCCCACCUGUUCCCCUCUCACCUGACUCCGCCAUGGCGAGCGCGGGUGACAGCGCCGUCCAGAUCCCCAUUAGAGGAAUCCGCAUGAAAUUCGCCGUGCUGGCCGGACUCCUGGAGGCUGGUGAAGUCUCCAAUCGGGACACCGUGGAGACGAUCUUCAAUCUGCUGGUUGGGGGUCAGUUUGACCUGGAGAUGAACUUCAUCAUUCAGGAGACGGAGAGCAUCAUCUGCAUGGUGGAACUGCUGGAUAAAUGUGACUCCACUUGCCAGGCAGAAGUGUGGAGUAUGUUCACGGCCGUACUGAAGAAGAGCUUACGAAACCUUCAGGCCUGCACUGAUAUUGGCCUCAUCCAGCUGGUGCUACAGCGCAUAGACCGAGCUGAGACCAUGAUAGCAGAUCUGAUGGUGGACAUGCUUGGAGUUUUGGCCAGCUACAGCAUCACAGUGAAGGAACUGAAGCUGUAUUUCAGUAAGCUGAAGGGAGAACAAGGCCAAUGGCCACCUCACGCUGUCAAGCUGCUGUCUGUGUUGAAGUCCAUGGCUCAAAGAAAUGGCCCAGAUUCCUUUUUCAGCUUCCCAGGGAAGAGUGCUGCGGCCAUUGCUCUUCCUCCUAUUGCAAAGUGGCCAUACCAGAAUGGCUUCACCUUCCACACCUGGCUGCGUCUGGACCCCAUCAAUAACAUAAACGUUGACAAGGACAAGCCUUAUCUCUACUGCUUCCGCACCAACAAAGGUUUGGGCUACUCUGCACACUUUGUGGGUGGAUGUCUGAUAGUGACCUCUCUAAAAUCCAAAGCCAAAGGCUUCCAGCACUGUGUGAAAUAUGACUUCAAACCCCAGAAGUGGUAUAUGGUGACCAUAGUGCACAUUUAUAAUCGUUGGAAGAACAGUGAAAUCAGCUGCUAUGUCAACGGAGAGCUGGCGUCAUAUGGCGAAAUCACCUGGUUCGUCAACACAAGUGAUACGUUCGACAAGUGUUUUCUGGGUUCAUCAGAGACAGCAGAUGCUAACCGUGUGUUCUGCGGUCAGAUGGGGGCAGUGUAUCUGUUCAGUGAAGCUCUCAGCGCUGCUCAGAUAUUAGCCAUCUAUCAGCUGGGGCCAGGAUACAAGGGCACUUUUAAGCACAAGGCCGAAAGUGACCUGCUGUUUGCAGAACAUCAUAAGAUGCUGCUGUAUGAUGGAAAGUUGUCUGCCUGCAUCGCCUUCACCUAUAAUCCACGGGCCACUGAUGCUCAGCUGUGUCUGGAGUCCUCCCCCAAAGACAACGCCUCCAUCUUUGUGCACUCGCCACAUGCUCUCAUGCUGCAGGAUGUGAAGGCUGUGGUGACACAUUCGGUUCAGAGUGCCAUUCACUCUAUAGGAGGAGUCCAGGUCCUUUUCCCUCUGUUUGCACAGCUGGAUUUCCUCCAGCACAGCGGUGACGAGCUGGACACCUCCGUCUGUUGCACACUACUGUCGUUUGUGAUGGAGCUGUUGAAGGGCUCUGUAGCUAUGCAAGAACAGGUGCUGGCCUGCAAGGGCUUUCUGGUCAUCGGUUACUCUCUGGAGAAGUCUUCCAAAGUACAUGUGACACGACCUGUGCUGGACAUCGUCCUUGCCUUCGCCCGUUACCUUAGCAACCUUCCUACUGGUGUUAUGCUCUUGAAACAGCUGUGUGACCACAUCCUCUUCAACCCUACCAUCUGGAUUCAUGCCCCUGCGAAGGUACAGCUGGUUCUCUACACCUACCUGGCCACAGAGUUCAUCAGCACUGUCACCAUUUACAAUGCCAUCCGCAGAGUUGGGACCGUACUGCAGGUCAUGCACACGCUCAAGUAUUUCUACUGGGUUGUAAACCCACUGGACCGCAGCGGAAUCACACCCAAGGGUCUCGAUGGACCGAGACCCAAUCAGAAAGAGAUUCACUCUCUCCGAGCGUUUCUGCUCCUGUUUGUCAAGCAGCUCAUAAUGAAGGAUCAUGGCAUAAAAGAAGAUGAACUGCAGAGUAUUCUGAACUACCUGCUCACAAUGCACGAGGAUGAUAAUCUGAUGGAUGUUCUCCAGCUUCUGGUUGCACUGAUGUCUGAGCAUCCUGGCUCAAUGGUUCAAGCUUUCGAUCAGCGGAAUGGAAUACGGGUCAUCUUUAAGCUGCUGGCAUCCACAAGUGAAGGGAUUCGUGUGCAGGCUCUCAAAGUCUUGGGCUACUUUCUCAAGUAUUUGUCACCAAAGAGAAAGUCAGAGGUGAUGCUGGCUCACGGCCUGUUCUCUCUGCUCACUGAACGACUGAUGCUCCACUCAAACCAGUUCACAGUGACAACAUACAACGUGCUCUUCGAGAUUCUUACAGAGCAGAUCUGUACUCAGGUCAUUCACAAACAACACCCGGACCCUGACUCAACGGUGAAGAUUCAAAACCCACAGAUCCUGAAAGUCAUAGCGGCCCUGUUAAAGAAUGCUCCUCCUGAGGCAGAAAGCAUGGAAGUGCGGCGUAUCUUCCUCUCAGACAUGAUUAAACUCUUUAACAACAGCCGAGAGAACCGCAGGAGUCUGUUGCAGUGCUCUGUAUGGCAGGAGUGGAUGCUCUCUCUGUGCUUUAUAAACCCCAAGAACAGCGAGGAGCAGAAGAUCACUGAGAUGGUGUACGCCAUCUUUCGCAUUCUUCUUUAUCAUGCCAUUAAGUACGAGUGGGGCGGCUGGCGCGUGUGGGUGGACACACUCUCCAUCACACACUCCAAGGUCACCUUUGAGCAACACAAGGAGAAUCUGGCCCGAAUGUUUCUUGAGUACCAGCGAAUGGGAUCUGAGGGAGGAUCUGAAAGCAGGAUCCGAACGAUCUCUGGAGUCAGCCAAGAUUCUCAGUUCCUUGCCUCGGCCAACGGGGAACUGCAUACAGAAGAGAAGGCUCCAUCUACUGUUAUUGAGCUACGUGUAGAGGAGCAGGACAACGAUCAGACUGCAGACAAUGAGGAGAUGCAGACCCAGAUCCCUGUCACAGUGUCCAACAUUCUGGUCAGAGAUGAGGAAGAGAGGCAGACAGACACUGUUGCCACCUCACUGGAGAUGCAGGACAGGGAUAAGGAUGAACAGUACGCUGUAAAAGAACCAAAAAAAGAUAAUGAAAUAAAACAUAUGGAUGACAAUCAUAAAACAGGGGAUGAAGACCGUGAACAAAUGGAAAAUGUUAAGACUGAAGGUAGAGUUGAAGAGGAGAGCAGUAAUCUGAGUAUAAAAGACGAUACCGACAGCCCACAGACUGAAACUGACAAGAAUGCCAAAGAUGCAACUGAAGCUGUGAAGAUGUCAGAUGAAGGUAAAACAAGUAAUGCGGAAAAUGAGCAAAACGUUCAGGUAGAAGAUGAAAAGAAAGAUCUUGGAGAUUCUACUCUUGAAGCUGUUAAGGAAGAUUCCACUCAAAAGUCUUCUGAGGUUUUAGUCCAUGAGGAAACCAGCACGACUGGGGCCUCUGUUGUGAAUGAAGAUAGCACUGAUGUUUCCUCGGCCAGCAACUUCGUGAAAGUCAGUGAUGACAGCACAGAGGACUCUUCAUUUGUGUCUGCUACAACUGGGGAGACAGAUGACCAUGGUGUUGAAAGGGAAGACGGUGGAAAGGAGAAGGAGAACAAGUCUGAAACUGAUAAAGAUGAAAAGCUUAUGGAAAAUGAGAAGACUGUGGGAAUCCAGGAUUCACCAGCCCCCAUGGUGGAAGUGGAUUUAAACCAAAGCUCCUCUCCUGAGGAGACCAAGCCUCAGACGGAGGGUCAUGGAGAUGUUGAGGCAGAGCAAACAACAACAGAACAGAAGUCUAAAGCAGAGGUUAGCUCUAGUGCUGAGAGUAUCUCACAGGAUGCAGCAAAUAACCAAGACUCUCCGAAGGUGGCAGGGACUGACAAUACAGCAAAUAAAACCAAAGAGAUUAAAAUAGCUAGGCUGGAUGUGUCAAGUGUGGCCUCAGACACAGAAAGACUGGAACUGAAGGACACCUCAGCGACAAACCCGAGUGCAAAUCAAGCUGCUCCCACAAGCCCUACAGGUCAAAGCAAUGAAGGUUCAUCUUCGGCUCGAUCUACUAUGUUCCGUAUCCCUGAGUUCAAGUGGUCUCAUAUGCAUCAGCGUCUUCUGACUGACCUGCUGUUCUCCAUCGAGACAGACGUGCAGAUGUGGAGAAGUCAUUCAACUAAGACAGUCAUGGACUUUGUGAACAGCAGUGAGAAUGUGGUGUUCGUGCACAACACUGUCCAUCUCAUCUCUCAGGUGGUGGACAACCUCAUCAUGGCCUGUGGAGGAAUUCUUCCUCUGCUUUCUGCAGCUACUUCUUCUUCGCAUGAGCUGGAGAACAUCGAGCCGUCUCAGGGUUUGGCUGUGGAGGCAUCACUGAUGUUCUUGCAGAGACUGAUCAAUCUUGUGGAUGUGCUGAUUUUCGCCAGUUCACUCAAUUUCACUGAAAUCGAAGCAGAGAAGAACAUGUCUUCAGGGGGAAUCUUAAGACAAUGUCUUCGCCUGGUGUGUGCGAUGGCUGUGAGAAACUGUCUGGAAUGUCAGCAGCACACUCUGAGUAAGUCUGGUGCAGAGAGCAGCCGCGGACAACAAAGCCUUCUGGGAGCCGCCAAGUCUAUACCAGCACAGAGUCCUGUGGACAUUGUGACUGGAGGGAUGUCUCCUAUAAGAGAUUUAGACCGGCUUCUGCAGGACAUGGACAUCAAUCGUCUGCGUGCUGUAGUGUUCAGAGACAUAGAGGACAGUAAACAAGCUCAAUUUCUGGCACUGGCAGUGGUCUACUUCAUCUCUGUCCUCAUGGUGUCCAAAUAUAGGGACAUUCUGGAGCCACACAAUGACAGAAGAAACACACAGCGCUCACAGUCAGUCAGGAGCACAGAGAGUGUUCAGUCUGAUCUGGAGAAUGGUUUGUCUCCUCUUCACCGGGACUCUGGGAUUGAGGAUGAGAAGGCCUCAGACAUCCAGAGUAAUGUAAAAGCGCAGACUGGCCCUGAUGCUGUAUCCGAAGCUCUGUCUACUUUGUCCGAUGAGGUCAGGAGAGGUCAAGAGGACAGAGACAGCAAAGGAAAGAAUGUCAAUGUCAAGGAUAUUCUGAGAAGUCUCGUUAGCGCACCCUCUGAUGACAUCAUGGUGGACCCCAGUCUUAUACCGCCUGGGUUUCUGGGUGCUGUGAGCGAAGCCUCCCGUGACCAGUCCAUCCAGUUCCACUCGUUUGAUAGGAGUGUUGUUGUGGCACCCAAGAAGGCCGGUGGGGCUCCGUCUCCAGGAAUGAGCACAGUGUCUGCAUCUGCAUCCGUCCCGUCAGCUACUGCUGCAUCCUCAGGUGGAACUCCAGUUAACAGCGUGUCAGUGGUGUCUGCAGGAGAGACCGUUCAGAGCACAGAGUCCACGCCAGGAGGAACCUCCACCAGCUCCAACCUGCCAUCUGUCCCUGCAUUAUCCCCAAUGACCCAGACCUCCACCCCCAACAUGAGUAUCUCUGAGAGGUUGGAACAUGCACUGGAGAAAGCAGCUCCUUUACUCAGAGAGAUUUUUGUGGAUUUUGCACCGUUCCUCUCUCGCACACUUCUGGGCAGUCAUGGGCAGGAGCUACUCAUCGAAGGCACCAGUCUUGUGUGUAUGAAGUCCAGCAGUUCUGUGGUUGAACUGGUCAUGCUGCUCUGCUCUCAGGAGUGGCAGAACUCCAUCCAGAAGAACGCAGGUUUGGCCUUCAUUGAGCUGGUGAACGAGGGCAGGCUGCUGAGCCACACCAUGAAGGACCAUCUGGUGCGUGUAGCUAAUGAGGCCGAGUUCAUUCUGAGCCGCCAGAGAGCAGAGGACAUCCAAAAGCAUGCCGAGUUUGAGUCUCAUUGUGCUCAAUAUUCAGCUGAGAAACGCGAUGAGGAGAAGAUGUGUGAUCACCUGAUCAGGGCCGCCAAGUACCGGGAUCAUGUGACGUCCACGCAGCUCAUCCAGAAGAUUGUAAACAUCCUCACAGACAAACAUGGUGCAUGGGGCAGCUCGGCUUUCAG